UUUUUUUCAUCAGUCGCCGCCGACCACCUGCCCUCCGCGCGCCACCCUCGCCCUCUUGACAGCCUUCCGCGCGCGUGCCGCCGCUGAAGCGUUUGUGAUGUGAAAGCCUGCUUGGCCUCCGUAGGCCGCCGUAGCUCGGAGUGCACUCCCAAUUUCUGCUCGGGUUGCUGCCAUUGCCUCGGCGUUUGUCAAGAGUUAGAAGCUGGGCCAUGAGCGAGAAAGGGGAGCUGGACCUGACCGGGGCCAAGCAGAACACGGGCAUGUGGCUCGUCAAGGUCCCAAAAUACUUGUCUCAGCAAUGGAAUAAAGCUUCAGGAAGAGGUGAAGUAGGGAAGCUAAGAAUUGCCAAAAAUCAAGGAAGAACUGAGGUAUCAUUCACUUUGAAUGAAGAUCUUGCAAAUAUUGACGAUAUUGGUGGGAAGCCAACUUCCAUCAGCGCACCCAGAGAACAUCCUUUUCUGUUACAAAGUGUGGGAGGACAGACAUUAACUGUGUUUACAGAGAGCCCCUUAGAAUGCCAGACCGAUGAAAAAUCUGAGAGUAACAAUAGCGAAAAACUGUCAUUGGAAGGAAUAGUGGUCCAACGUGCAGAGUGCAGGCCUGCAGCCAGUGAAAACUAUAUGAAGUUGAAAAGGUUGCAGAUAGAAGAAUCUUCUAAACCUGUAAGCUGGACAAUGCAGCUAGAUAAAGCUGUGACCACGAACUACAAACCAGUGGCUAACCAUCAGUAUAAUAUUGAGUAUGAAAAGAAGAAAAAAGAAGAUGGAAAACGGGCUCGGGCUGAAAAGCAACAAGUGUUAGACAUGCUUUUUUCAGCUUUUGAAAAACACUAGUAUUACAACAUUAAAGACUUAGUGGACAUAACUAAGCAACCAGUGAGCUAUUUGAAAGAAAUUUUAAGAGAAAUCGGUAUCUACAACGUUAAAGGGACACACAAAAAUACCUGGGAACUUAAGCCUGAAUAUAGGCAUUACCAAGGUGAAGAUAAGAGCGAUUAGUAGAAAUCUUGGUCAAGUAAGCAAGAGAGUUGGCCAUUGUGGGAACAGGAAGAACAGCUGCACACCUCACUCUUAGUAAGAAGUCAAUCAUUUGUAAUAAGCCCAUUUUCAGUUUUUAAAAAAACUUUUGCAAGGAAUAUUCAGUGUGUUUUUGUGUGUUGGUUUUGUGAGCAAUUUUUAAAAUUAGAAUAAACUUGUAUUGCCUUUCUUUAAUGGUUA